AGGCUGCAGACGCCGAUCCAGAUGGUAUCCACCCAUCAACCAUCCGCACCACCCUCCCAGACAACUGACACGAUGCGACAGAGCCCGAGGCUGGCCAGAAAGAAAUCUUCGCAUCAUGGUCGCUAUUUAUCCUUAUCAUGCUGCUCAUUGUGGCCCUUUUCACCAGUUACAUGCUCCAAACGAGAAAGAUUCAGGCCGUACACGAGACUGUCUUGUCCAUCUUCGCUGGAAUGGUCAUUGGACUGAUCCUCCGUCUUACCGCUGCUCAAUCUGUGCUCGGAGCCGUCAGUUUCGACUACCAAUUCUUCUUCAACCUCCUUCUUCCACCUAUCAUUCUAGCUUCGGGAUAUGAACUGCAUCAAGGGAACUUCUUCCGCAAUAUUGGAACAAUUCUCACUUUCGCCUUUGCCGGUACUUUCAUCUCGGCCAUGGUCUUGGGCCUCAUCUUGUACGUUUGGACCCGUAUCCCUCUCGAAGGUCUGGACAUCACCUUUGUCGAGGCCAUCUCUGUUGGCGCAACUCUCUCGGCCACCGACCCCGUCACCAUUCUUGCCAUCUUCAACACUUACAAAGUCGACCCGCAACUUUACACCGUCAUCUUUGGCGAGUCGAUUCUCAACGACGCUAUUGCCAUCGUUCUGUUCGAGACUGCCCAAAAGUACAGAGAGGGCGCUGCAAAAGGUCACUUGACCAUAUUGAGCUUGUUCGAAAGUAUAGGUGUCUUCUUGCUGGUCUUCUUCGGCAGUUUGAUGAUUGGCUUGAUCGUCGGCAUCGGCACGAGUCUGUUGCUCAAGUACACCUUGGUCAGGCGUUUCCCCAAGAUCGAGAGCUGUCUGAUCGUUCUCAUUGCCUACGCGUGCUACUUCUUCUCGAAUGCCAUUCACAUGUCCGGAAUUGUAUCGCUUUUGUUCUGCGGUAUCUGCAUGAAACAUUACGCCUACCACAACAUGUCCCGUCGUACUCAAUUGACGACCAAAUUCCUCUUCCAAGUAAUGGCUCAACUGUCGGAGAAUUUUAUUUUCAUUUAUCUUGGACUAUCGCUCUUCACCGAAGCCGGCUUGGAAUACAAGCCCCUGUUCAUCCUCGUCACAGUCGUCGGGAUUUGCGUUGCUCGAUACUGCGCCGUCUUCCCUCUAUCGAAAGCUAUCAACUACUUUAUCCGCUACAGAGCCCGCAAGCUUGGUCGUGAGGAGGCGGAUGUUCUUCCUAAAAAUCAUCAGAUGAUGCUUUACUGGGCCGGUCUCCGCGGUGCUGUCGGUGUGGCGCUAGCUGCCGGACUUCAAGGUCCCAAUGGUUUUGCUUUGCGAGCCACGGUGUUAGUUGUUGUAGUGUUGACCGUCAUCAUCUUCGGCGGAACUACGGCGCGUAUGCUCGAAAUUCUAGAGAUUCGGACCGGAGUGGUAGAAGAGAUUGACAGCGAUGAUGAGUUCGAUAUUGAGGUCGUGCCUGGAUCUGGCGGAACAUUUACUAAGAAAGGUGGAGCUGGCUUUGGACACAUGCCACGACCCAGUCAGGCAGGGGGUAUCUCACUGGCCAGUGUCGCAAAUGGAAGACCGCGAGCAGAGAGCAGAUCAAACAGAGCGGCUCUGUACAGCACUAGCAAUGCCAGUAGCCCCCCGAUCCGUCCUGGUGAUGGACUCGGCAGAAGAGCAAGCAGUAGAAGCGCACGGGAGCAGGCGGCGGCCGAACAAGGUCUGCUUUACCCAGACCAGAAUGGAGACGCGUCUGACGAUGAUGAAUCAGGGCUCGACUUGCCACCAUCAGCCAGGCGAUCACCACUCCGGGAGAAUUUUCCUUCGGCUACUGAUGAGCAGACACCAUAUGCUGAUGCCAGAGCCAUUGAGGCAGGUCAAGCAGAGUCAAGCCAUCUUACUGCUCGUGGAGCGUUCAGUCAGUUGAUGAAUGCUACAACAGAAGACGCAGGCACUUUGUUCUCCAGGAUCGACGAAGGCUUCAUCAAGCCACAUUUGUUGUUGGAUCCCAGUGGUCAAAGGUCCCCUCGCCCACAUGGCGGCUCAUAGAUGUAUAGUAUCUAGACUUUUCCUACCGCAAAACACUUUUCUCUCAAUAAUCAGUAUCUCGCAGAUGCACAGCAUGGCAGAAAUCAAGCUUUCAAAAGGCAAGGUGUUUUUUAAACUUUCAGCAGUAUCCGCCGAGAGCGUGAAAAUUCAGCAUCUCUCAACCAAGAGCUCGAAAUCACAAAAACACCAUGCAUCUUUACAGACCACAGCCAUGCAGAGCACUGCUGCUCGGAGUACUAUUGUUGUUUAGAUACUCUGCCUCGGGUCU